AUGGCCAACACCACCGAAGCACAGCCCGCCAGAUUGGUCGGAUGGGCCAUUAAACGAGUCUGGAAAGCCGCGCACGAGUCCGCCAUCAACGAGCCCACUAUUGCCCCCGACGAUCCAAAGCGAGGAAAAGCAGCACCCCUACAGCAAACCCCCAAAUUCAUCGAGCCUCUCUACCAAGCCGUCACCACUGACCCCAAGGGGCGCGCAUGGCUCUGCAACACCGAUGAGAAGUACGCAAUGUAUUUCAAAGUCCGAGAGUCAUGGACGAAGAAGAAAAUUCUGCUGGGGAAGCCCGUACCAGCAGAUCCACUGGAUCCGAAGAUCAUCUUCGAAGUCGCUUUGCAUCCCAACCACCGGCUCGGCAACAUAGACGAGUCUGACGCUGUGCUUUUAUUGCGCAAGAUUCUAAUGGAUCUGGUCGACUACGCGAAGCGCUUCGAGUCUUGGGUUAAGGAUUGA